CUGGUUCCAUUCCAUCAUUUUUAAGUUUAUUACCUAACCUUCAGCACAUGUACCUUUCGAUGAAUCAGUUUUGGGGGGAAAUUCCAUCUUCCCUGUCCAAUCUAACAAAGCUGGAGGUGUUGAGAAUAAAUAGAAAUUUUCUCAAAGGAGAGAUCCGUCGGGAAAUCGGUGAUCUUCGUUACUUGAAGUUCCUAGACCUGCAAUAUAAUCAGCUUACUGGCUCUAUACCAACAUCAAUCUUCAACAUUACAACGAUGCAAGCAAUUGCUCUUGCCAAUAACAAUCUUACUGGUAAGCUUCCCACAUCUAUAUGUGACCAUCUUCCAAACUUGGAAGGGCUUUACCUCUCCGUCAAUUCCCUAGAUGGAAUUAUUCCUCCAAACCUGGAGAAAUGCAAAAAGCUUCAACUAUUAUCAUUGUCUGAAAACGAGUUUCCUGGAACUGUACCAAGAGAGCUAUCCAACUUAACAACUCUUACAAUAUUAAAUUUUGCAACUCUGCAUUUGGAAGGUAUGAUAUUUCUAUACAAGAGAUCAAAUUUCUUCCAUUUCUCUCUUCCAUCACAACAAUACCGUAUUUUGAAUAGUUGAUAAUAGGUGUCACAUUAAUAAAAUAAGAAGGAAAACGGAAAACGAGAAAGGAUGUGGUGCAAAGUGCCAAAGCAGCAUUUAGAAGUACAACAAAUUUUCCGAAAUGAGGGCUCUGUUCUCCCAUUAACAGCAUAGUUACCGAUUAUUUUUGGUUCCUGACGCAUUCUUAAGUUAACGUGUUUUUACAAAUUUACUUUAAAUAUUUUAGAGUAAAUACUUUGUUUUCAUAUUAGGAUCUUAAAAAAUGAGAACACCCAAUAGUUCUACCUUAUUCUUGACUUAAUCAAAUUAACUCUACCUAUAUAUGUUUUUCAAAUGUAGUCAGCAUAGAAAUAAUGUAACUACAUGGAUUAGGAAGACCGUGGUAUGUUACUGGCAUAGAUAAUCUAAUAAAGUUAUUUGAAUAAGGGAUUUAUAUUGUUGAUCCAAACUAAAACUAUGCAUAGUUAGAUUGAUUGAUAUAUUGAUUUAGUAAUUUUCAAUAGUUCAGAUAGAGCUGUAUUACAUGUUCACUUCAGUAAUUUGUUUAUGAGUGAUGGAGAACAAUAUGGGAUAUUAUAACAUAACUCUGGGAUAUUGUAGCUCGCUUAGUUCUAGUCCAUCCGGUACUCAUACAUUUCCCCAAAUUAACAGGAGAGAUACCAAUGGAGCUAGGUAAUCUAAAGAAACUACAAGUGCUGUCUUUAGCCGAGAAUGAGUUUACUGGUUCUGUCCCUACAAGCAUUUUCAACAUGUCAACACUGAAGAUCCUAGAUCUUGGGACAAACAAGCUUUCAGGUCAAUCUUUCUUGUCCAAUGAUGCACUUUGUGGUGACUCCCGGUUUAACGUGAAACCAUGUGCCAUCCAAUCUUCCAAGAGGAAAAAGGCAUUCUUUGUUUUGUACAUCAUUUUGAUAGUGGGUCUGCCAUUUCUCGUAUUAGCCCUCGCGUAUGUAUUUUUAAGUUUGCUAAGGACAAAGAAGAAUAUAGGUCAAGCAGAUGUGUCUUUGGUAAAAGGACAUGAAAGAGUUUCCUAUUAUGAACUUGAACAUGCAACAGAAGGAUUCAACGAAAGCAACUUGCUUGGUAAUGGGAGUUUCAGCAUGGUCUACAAGGGGAUAUUUAAAGAUGGUACCCUUUUCGCAGCAAAGGUCUUCAAUAUCCAAUUGGAGAGUGCAUUCAAAAGUUUUGACACAGAAUGUGAGAUACUACGGAACCUUCGCCACAGAAAUCUGAUCAAAGUCAUAACGAGUUGUUCCAACCUUGAUUUCAAAGCCCUGGUGUUGGAAUACAUGCCCAAUGGGACACUUGAUAAAUGGUUAUACUCUCACAACUUGUUCUUGGACUUAUUGCAGAGAUUAGAUAUAAUGAUAGAUGUUGCAUCUGCAAUGGACUAUCUCCACAAUGGCUAUUCAACACCUGUGGUGCAUUGUGACUUGAAGCCAAGCAAUGUCUUGCUAGAUCAAGAAAUGGUUGCUCAUGUUAGUGAUUUUGGCAUUGCAAAAUUGUUAGGUGCAGGGAGGCUUUUGUUCAAACAAGGACAGUUGCAACCAUUGGAUAUAUUGCUCCAGAGUAUGGUCAAGAUGGAAUAGUAUCCACAAGCAGUGAUGUUUACGGUUUUGGCAUCUUGAUAAUGGAGACGUUUACAAGGAUGAGACCAAGUGAUGAGAUAUUUACUGGAGAAUUGAGCAUACAACGUUGUUUUAGUGAUCCCUUCCCUAGUGGAAUUCAUAAGGUGUUAGAUUCUAUUUUGGUAUCGCCAAGGGAUGAUCAAAUUGACGUAAAGAUGCAAUGUAUGUUAUCUAUCAUGGAAUUAGCUUUGAGCUGCACUUUAGUGAGACCUGAUGCAAGAAUUAGCAUGGAAGAUGCUCUUUCAACACUGAAAAAGAUUAGGCUCCAUAUUGUCAGUAGUCGCUACUAGGUGGAACAUAAUCGAACCAUCAUCUCUUCACUCUUGUAUGUUGCUUGUUUACCUAUGCUGACUGUGUUAAGGUUUCAGCUUACCACACGUACGUAUGUUUUUUCUAUCCAACAUCCCUUUAGAACAUAUCAUCAUCUCUUGUAUGCUGCUUGUAUUUAUAUCCAACGUCCCUUUAGAACAU